CAGUAGAUGGCCAUCCUAAAUGAGGUACCACUCCUUGAAAAGCCUUUUGUCCUUACCAAAAUGAACACAUGUAGAAGGCAUUUGUAAUGCAGAUUUGAUAUUUGUUUUUAAAAAUAUAUUCAAAUACAUUUAUUCUCUGUCUAUUUCAGGUAGGUAGUGUAUCGUUUAUUAAAUGUAAUUUAGGAAUAUGCAUAGAUUGGCCUAUAUACAGUUACAAAGAAUACUGAGCAAAUCAAAUUGCAUCUGGAUAAUAGCAAUAAUCUAACUUUUCUAUUAACUAUUAAUUAAUUAUAACAAGUGGACAUGCUGACAGUAAGGAUAUAGAUUAGCUGAUAAAAAAAUAAAACGAGGAGUUAUCAAACGCUUGGAAACGAUCAUAUGACAUAACCAUCCAAAUGGCCACUCCGCGGUUUUGAUUUAGCCAAGCAAAACGCGCCGUGUGAGUCCUAAUCCAGUCCUUGUGUUCCGGUGCGCCCCUCGGAACUCCUGCCCUUCCACGCUGCUGCUGCGCUCCGCCAGGGAUCCUGCUCAGAUUGGUCUUGGAAAAAUAUUUCCGACCGUCCUGAUCCUGGGAUCCUCCACCUUGUUCUACUCUAUCGCCGCGCAUUUCGUGACACCGUUUGUUCGAUGUUGGUGGUUGUUUGGGUAAAAACGUUCAUCUUGGCGAACAUGGAUUGAUUUGAUUUGCCCUCGGCACCGACGCCCGUACAAGUUUUGGUGCGCGAUCCUGCGUUCGUCUCUCCGCGCCACCGACACCGGCGCGCCAGCCAGCUUCAUGUUUCGCUGGGCAACUUCCAGAAGUGACUGGUUCCGGAUGAUUGUAGAGCUUGUUCGUGGGAACUGUUGAUUGCGUCCGCGCCACCCGGCUGAACCGGGGACGGUUGGAGGAGGCUGUUAAACACGGAUCGUCUUGCAGGGUUGCGCGUCUUGGCCACUACCGCGGCUUUUGGAGACGGGAUGGCGGGGCGGGCAGCGUCGCUGCUCCUCGCCAUGGUUUGCCUCACCUCGCCGUGCUCGGUCACGACCGCGCGUGGUGAAAGAGGCUCUGCUGUAAAGCCUUUCAGCCCCUUCUGGUUUGCCGUGGAGCCGGCGGACACGCUGACGGUGCGCGGCCUGCCGGCGAUACUCAACUGCUCCGUCCACAGUGUGCUCCCCGCCAGAGUGCGCUGGAAGAAGGACGGCCUGAGCCUGGUGCCAGACGACCGCCGGCAGGUGCUGCCCGACGGCGCGCUGCUCAUCACCUCCGUCAUGCACUCCAAGCACAACAAACCCGACGAGGGCGUCUACCAGUGCGUGGCCACCAUCGACAGCCUGGGCACCAUCGCCAGCCGCACGGCUAGGCUCAGUGUAGCGGGGACGCCGCGCUUUUCCGGGCAGCCUGAGGGGGCAGUGGUGCGCACAGGGGACAGCCAGGUGCUGGGCUGCGAGGUCAACGCUGACCUGGUUUCCUUCGUCCACUGGGAGCGCGAUCGGGAGCCCGUGGAAGCAGGGCCGAGGGUGUACACGCUGCCCAGCGGCACGCUGGUUGUCAGCAACGCCACGGAGGCCGACGCUGGCACGUACCGCUGCGUGCUGGAGAAUGCUGGACCCACAAAGACCAGCGAGGAGGCGGAGCUUCAGGUCCUGCCUGAAACGUGGGCGUGGCGACAGCUGGAGUUCCUCCAACAGCCAGGGCCCACCUCCAGAGCGGUGGGCGAAGGUGCCCUGUUGCCGUGCGUGGUGAGCGGCUACCCCCCGGCCUAUGUGCGCUGGACACACGACGGCGACCCCGUCGACGAGAGUGACGGGCGCUUUUUGGUGCUUGGCGGGGGCAGCCUGCAGAUCUUCAAUUUAACUGAAGAGGACGCUGGGAUAUACUUCUGCCUGGCAGACAACGCGAACGACUCCAUCGAGGCCCAGACCGAGCUCACCGUGCAAGCUCCCCCGCAGUUCCUGAAGAGGCCGGCCGACACCUACGCCCGCGAGGCCGCGGACGUCCUGUUGGAGUGCGAGGUCGCCGGCUCCCCCGCACCCACCAUCCGAUGGCUGAAGAACGGUGAUGCCGUCAUUCCCAGCGACUACUUCCGAAUCGUCAAGGAGCAGAACCUGCAGGUGCUUGGCCUGGUGAAGUCGGACGAGGGCUUCUACCAGUGCCUGGUGGAGAACGAGGCAGGCAACAGCCAGGCCAGUGCCCAACUCAUCAUCCUGGACCAAGAUGUAGCCACGCCCUCCCCCUCACCCCCACUGACCCCUGCCACUGCUGACCGUGUGACCCCAGGCACGGGAGGUGGCGCCGGCCCUGGCACUGUGCCCUCUGCUCCCCGCGACGUUGUGGCCUCUCUCGUCUCCACUCGCUUCAUCAAGCUGACCUGGCGCCUGCCGCUCGAACCCAAUGGCGAUGACAUCACCUACUUCGUCUACUACAGCCUGGAGGGCGCUAAAAGGGAGAGGACGGUGAACACCAGCCGGCCAGGUGAGAUGCAGGUCACCAUUCAGAACCUCAGGCCAGACACCAAGUACGUCUUCCGUGUGGUGGCGCAGAACAAGCACGGGAAGGGAGAGAGUUCUCCACCGCUGAGGGUCUCCACCCAGGCGGAAGUCCAAGUGCCAGGACCUGCCCCCAACCUCCACGCCGCGGUGCAGUCCCCCUCCUCCGUCAGCCUGAGCUGGGAUAAACCCGUCACAGGAAACGGCGAGAUCCAGACCUACAGGGUGUACUACAUGGAGAAAGGCCUGGGCGAUGAGAAGGAUGUGGAGGUUAGUGGACUGUCCUACACCAUGACUGGGCUGAAAAAGUUCACGGAGUACAACUUCAGGGUGGUGGCCUACAACAAGCACGGCCCUGGAGUGUCCACGGAAGACGUUGCGGCGCGGACCUACUCGGACGUCCCAAGCCUGCCGCCGCAGAACCUGACCGUGGAGGUGCUGAACUCGAAGAGCUUCAUGGUCCGAUGGCAGCCCCCCCCAGCGGAGGCUCAAAACGGCGAGAUCACCGGCUACAAGAUCCGCUACCGGAAGAGCCCGAGGAAGAGUGAGGUGUCCGAGAUCACCGCAGGAAACCAGCUCAGCCAGCUCAUCGAGGGUUUGCAGCGUGGAACCGAGUACGCGGUCCGCGUGUCUGCCAUGACGGUGAACGGCACGGGGCCAGCCACCGACUGGAUCACGACAGAAACUUUCGACAGCGACCUGGACGAGUCUCGAGUGCCGGAUGUGCCUGGCUCCUUGCACGUGCGGCCGUUAGUGAACAGCAUCGUGGUGAGUUGGUCUCCCCCAGAGAACCAGGACAUCGUGGUCAGGGGUUACAUCAUCAGCUAUGGCAUUGGCAGCCCUCACGCCCAGACCAUCAAAGUGGACUACAAACAGAGAUACUACAGCAUUGAGAACCUGGAUCCCAACUCGCACUACGUGAUCACGCUGAAGGCCUUCAACAACGUGGGUGAGGGCAUCCCCGUGUACGAGAGUGCCAUCACGCGACCCCAGUCAGACCCCAUAGACCCUGACGUUGAUUUGUACGAACUUUUCCAUGCUUCAUACACUCCAGCACCAGACCCCAUUCCCAUGAUGCCUCCCGUGGGCGUCCAGGCCUCUGUCCUGAGCCACGACACCGUCAAGGUCGCAUGGGCCGACAACUCGCUGCCCAAGAACCAGAAGAUCACGGACGCGCGCUACUACACUGUGCGCUGGAAGACCAACAUCCCGGCCAACACCAAAUACAAGACGGCCAACACCACCACCCUGAGUCACAUGGUUACAGGACUCAAGCCCAACACUCUGUAUGAGUUCUCCGUCAUGGUGACCAAAGGCAGGAAGACUAGCACUUGGAGCAUGACGGCUCACGGAACGACAUUUGAAGCGACACCCAGUUCUGCUCCAAAAGAUGUGACGGUGGUCAGUAAGGAGGGGCGGCCACGCACCAUCAUAGUCAACUGGCAGCCUCCCUCGGAGGCCAACGGCAAGAUUACAGGCUACAUUAUCUACUACAGCACGGACGUGAACGCCGAGAUGCACGACUGGGUCAUCGAGCCCGUGGUGGGGAACCGACUCACCCAUCAGAUCCAGGACCUGACCCUCGACACCACGUAUUACUUCAAGAUCCAGGCUCGCAACUCCAAGGGCAUGGGCCCCAUGUCCGAGGCGGUCCAGUUCCGGACCCCCAAAGCUGAACCUUCUGACAAAAUGGCUAAUGACCAAGCAUCCAGUAUGCCAGCCAAACCAGGCCGAUCCCCCUUGCCGGAUCCUGGCGUCGGGAAAUCGGGGGUGACUGCUGGUGAUAACCAUAUCUUGGUCAUCGUCAUCAUCGUGUCUGUGGGGGCCUUCACCAUCAUCGUGGUGGUGGUAGGAGCCUUCUUGUGCACACGCCGUACCACCUCCCAGCAGAAGAAGAAACGAGCAGCCUGCAAGUCCGCCAAUGGCUCGCACAAGUACAAAGGCAACUCCAAGGACCUGAAGCCCCCCGAUCUUUGGAUCCACCACGAGCGGCUGGAGCUCAAGCCCAUUGAUAAGUCCCCCGAGCCCAACCCGGUCAUGACGGACACCCCCAUCCCGCGCACCUCCCAGGACAUCACUCCAGUGGACAGCACCAUGGAGCCUAUGCUCCAGAGACGGAAUUCCUUCCGCGGCCACGAGGCAGAGGAUGGCAUGCCUGCGCUGGCAGGGCGUCGUGGAACAAGACCUAAAAUGAUGAUGCCCUUUGAUGCCACGCCCCCUCAGCCCGUGAUUAGUGCUCACCCCAUCCAUUCCCUCGAUAACCAUCACCACCAUUAUCACGUGGGCAGCCUGGCCUCCCCGACGCGCAGCUACCUACACUACCCAGCAGGCUCCCGGGCUCUCGCCACCCCCAUCUCUCAUCUAGACAGGGCAGAAUCCUCAGAGUCGGUGAGGAACGCGCCCAGCACGGACCUCCUGCCCGCCUUGGGCCAACCAUCCUGUGCCACGGACCAUUUGGAGACGGACGCCAGUUACCACGGCUCGGCGGCCGAGGACGAGCCCGGCUACAACCCGCCGACGGCACACGUGCGCCCCACACACGCCCUCAAGAGCUUCGCUGUGCCGGCCGUGCCCGCCCACGGCGCCGCCUACGAGGGCGUGGCCUUGCCCAGUAUGGCCCUGCUCUCCCAGACAGUCAAGACGGCCUCCAUCGGGACUCUGGGCCGGACGAGGACGCCCAUGCCCGUCACGGUGCCAGACGCGCCCGACGUGCCGGAGGGCAGCAGGAUGCAUGCAGAUGCCGAGGGCAAGUACGAGGCGGAUGAGCUAUCUGAGGAGAUGGCCCACCUGGAGGGCUUGAUGAAGGACUUAAACGCCAUCACCACGGCCUGAGCACAACGCCUCACACUCACUCACACACACACACACACACACUUGCAUGCACAUUCACGCUUACCCACGCGGGGAAGGUGUACAUUCUCAGUCCCUCACAGAGAGCUAAAAGGAAACGGGCGGAACAUUUUGGUGUACCUUGCUAUCUCUCAGGAAGGAGUGGCCAUCUUUCAAAGGAGUGAAGAACAUUCUCAGUAUGGAUACCGAUUCCUUCUAGCAGAAGAUUUUUCUCUUGGAAGAAAAUUAUUUUUUUUUUUUUUUCCUUUUUAUGGCUAUGGAGUCGCCAGUUUGUUAUCCUAAGAAAAAAAGGAAGCUUAAAAUAUGCUGGUGUUCGUGCUGGUGCGCUUGUAAGACACAUUUUACAGUGUUACAAUUGUGUCUUUCCUUUGUGUGUUUUGGAUCUCUGUAUAUUGGCCGUUCCACUUGGACACUGCACAGUCUCUUUGUUUCCAUAACUCACUUUGUAUUAAGCAUUUUGAUUGAAUGAUGUCUUUCCCUUUGAUAUGUCAAAUACUGUGCCAUCUUUUAUUAUUUUCUGAAUGUUUUUGUAUUAUUUUAUAUACAUAUGCAUUUAUAGAUAUGUAUAUAAGUUCAAAAC